CACCUAUGUAUCUACAUAUUUGAUGUAUAUUGUGUGGCAUUCGUGCGGACGACAAGUAAGAAUGUCAGUAUACAGGGAAACACGUUUCCUCACUGUGCAUAUGACAAUAAACACUUGCCUUGACUUGACUUUAUUGGCAUGUUAUAGUGAGGAUAAACCUGUUUGCUUUGAUAGCAAUUUAUUAGACCUUACAAUGGGCCACUUUUAAUCACGAGCUGUGCGGGUCCAACUAUCACGUGACAAAGGCUGUACAGAACGGUUGUCAUGGGGACGACUUGCUCAUCAGAAAGCGUCUGGGCUUGUAACUACAACAAGUGACCCAUCCAGAGAGACAGAGAUAUUCGACAUAAUUUCGUCUCUUGACAUAGAACCAACGUAGCUUCGGUGUCGUCGUAAGCAGAUGUGGCCAGAGAUCCGCCGAGGACCUUCAUACAGAAAUAACUGGAGCUUCGCCUUCGCAGAAUUUGGAACUGGGGUCGUCAUGCAGUAUAACAGGAAUGGCAUGAUGCCAAUCCCACCACCCAUCAGCAGAGACAGAGUCAUCUGGGAAUUCCCAGAGUACUACACACCUGAGGCUUCUCUGCAGCUGAAGAAAGACUGGGACAUUCAGGCUAAAGCAGCCUGUAAAGACAGAGCCACCAGACAUCAGCCGUGGGACCGGCAGAAAAUGUCAAAAGUGGUGGUUGUUGGAGACCUUAAUGUGGGGAAGACCUGCCUCAUAAAUAGGUUUUGUAAAGAUGUAUUUGAAAGAGACUACAAGGCCACAAUUGGAGUAGACUUUGAGAUUGAGAGGUUUGAAAUAACUGGCAUACCUUUCUCCCUUCAGAUCUGGGAUACUGCUGGACAGGAAAAAUUCAAGUGCAUUGCUUCUGCAUACUACAGAGCGGCUCAGGUCAUUGUUACAGUCUUUGACAUGGCAGACAUUAAGUCCCUAGAUCAUACACGCCAGUGGUUGGAGGAGGCCACAAGAGAAAAUGAGCCUGACUCCUGUUUCAUUUUCUUGGUUGGCACUAAAAAUGACCUGCUGCCAUCAGAAGAAAGACAGAGGACAGAAAAAGAUGCCAUUCGAAUAGCAACAGAAAUCCAUGCAGAGUUUUGGGCUGUUUCAGCUAAAACAGGGGAGAAUGUGCAGGAUUUUUUUUUCAGGGUGGCUGCUUUAGCCUUUGAGAAGAGUAUAUUGAAGGACAUGGAGAACGGGGUCCCUGCUUGCAUUGGACGAGGAGAUGGUAUCAAAUCUGAUCGUGCCAACUUGGAGGAGGCCACAGCACAAGACAUAAAGAGAGGCUGCUGCUGAUGAAAAGAGUGUUAAAGGGAGCUGAACCAGAUGGAGGCUGUAUCUUGAGCUACAGCUGCAGAAAUCAAAAUCAGAAAUCAUGUUCCCACUGAACUGAAAUGUGCAUUAGGAUAUAUUCAGUUAGGUUUUUUAUUUAAUUGAAAACUGCCAUGUAUUCUGAUGUUUACAGAACAAUUUGACCAGUAUGUGUUCCUGGAAGUAAGUUGUUACUGGACUGAGGACAUCAAUAAUGGAUUCUUUUUACUGAUAGUAAUACAUAUGAAUUUGACCUUUUUGCAUAAAAUCUACAUAAUAUAAGCUUUCAGUGUUUCAUUCUGAAUGUAGUUGAUGUAGCAAAAGCGUGUAAAUGAGUCUAGUGUUAAGUCAGCUAAUAUAAUGAUCAGAUUAUAAUGUAAUUUCUUAAAGUAAUAUCUUGAUAUAAUGGAGCAAUAGCUGAUGAGAGCUCCUGUGCAUUUAUGGUGCCAGUAUUUUUGUCAAAGCCUGUUACCAAUUAAUAAAAAUGUUUAGCUG